UCCGAUGUAUAAACCGCGGCUGCGGCCUCGCCUGGUCAUGGUCUCCAAUCUCGCACAGUUACAUUUUUCUCGGCGCUAAUGGACAGAAAACAAGGGGUUAUGCUGUACAGACCUUGCGACUCACAAGGUAGAUUUUCGAAUCGCUUCGCCCUGUUCUUGUCGCUCUAUUGCACGCCUCCGUUCUAUGCACCCACCGUCGUGUACCCAAUGUCGCGGUAGUCAUCGAUAAAUGGAAGUGAGGCGUCGUGUCCUACGUAGGUGCGAUGACACACCAUUCUCACUAUCUCAUUGCCAAAGCUUCAUCAGGCCCGUUAAUUGUAUAUCGCCACACAGCGGACCGGGAACAAGAAGACGCGCGACUUAUUUCCCGUCGUGUAGCACAAGAUAUGUACAAAGUAUGCACCCUCUGACGGUUGUAAACAAUCUGCAGAACAAUCACCCACUGUCAAUGGCAAUUGAGAAUUUGGAACUGGAAUCCAUUUGGAUGGAAGUCACCUUGUUGAGAACGGUCGGAGCUUGGUCCACGGAUUUUCUGCAGCGUCAGCGCCGAUAUCGUUAACAAUGGUCGGUCAGGAAGGCGGCGUCCUUGAUAUCGAUCUCGUGAGCAACGCAAGAAUUACCGCUCUCAUAUAUGGGCACCGGU